CACAAUUACUCCUUUUUUUUUAGGUAGUUUCUUUUCAAAAAGCUUGUGAACUGAAAAACCACCACUGCAGUCAAGGAGGAAAUCUUCAGGUUGCUUAAAUUGGUGGCACUUCAUUGGUUUCAUCACAUUCCUUUGGCGGUUAUUAAAAAGAAAUUUCCCCCUGCUUCGUCACUGGACUACAAAAGUCGAGCUGCUGUCACACACGUUCAGUUUUAUGUGAUGAAGCCUAUCACAUAAAGGCAGAGCUCAAAACCCUCGAGGAAACGAUGAGCGUUGGUUUAUCGGUGGAGACAGGAAAACCACGCUGUCUCACCGGGUUUGUUCCAGGCUGUUGACCCAAUAAGAAGCCCUCGUCUCCUGCAGUUCUGACUGCCUGACAGAUCAAACCUCCCUGUGCUGCAGUUUAUUCAUUCCCUCCAGAGUCAAGGGCAUAAUGUGACACAUCUUGAUCCCUGACUGACUGACUGACUGACUUACACAGAGGCCACCAUGCAGGAGUGCCACACUGGGCUGUGUCUGUCUGUCUACAUCAUUACCUUUGUGCUGGGCUUCCCGGCCAACGUCCUCGCCUUCUACACUUUCUGCAAGAAAGUGAGGAAGAAACCCACACCAAUUGACAUCCUGCUCCUCAACCUGACCAUAUCUGACGUCCUCUUUCUCCUCUUCCUGCCCUUCAAGAUGCAGGAAGUGAUGAACAACAUGCUCUGGGACAUGCCCUACGCCCUCUGUCCAGUGUCUGGCUUCAUCUUCUACAUGACCAUCUACAACAGCACCUUCUUCCUCACUGCGGUCAGCGUAGAGCGCUACCUGGGCGUGGCUUUCCCCAUCCAGCACACCCUGAAGCGACGACCUGUGUAUGCAGUCGCUGCCAGCAUCUUCUUCUGGAUUUUCACCUUCAUCCACCUGAGCAUUGUGUUCAUCGUGCCCUUUAUCGGCUCUGAAAACUCUCUGAAUUCCACAUUAGGCCACAAUGCCUCAAAUAGCUCUGCCACUGGUGACAAAAAGAAAGAGGUGUGUUAUGAGAAUUUCACGCAGGCUCAGCUGAAGAUCCUCCUGCCUGUGCGUCUGGAGCUCUGCGUGGUACUUUUCUGCAUCCCUUUCCUGAUUAGCAGUUUCUGCUACAUCAACUUCAUCAGGAUUCUGUCCAAACUACAGCACAUUGACCGGCGCCGGCGCCUGCGGGCCAUUGGCAUGGCUUUAGGAACACUGCUGGUGUUUGCUUUAUGUUUUGGCCCCUAUAACAUCUCGCACAUUGUUGGUUUUAUUGCAUGGAAAAGUCCUGACUGGAGAGACAAGGCCCUGCUCUGCAGCACCUUUAAUGCUUGUCUUGACCCUCUUAUUUUCUACCUCUCCUCCUCUGCUGUGAGAGGGACUGUGGGUAGUGUGAUGGAAGAAGUUAAGAGUCGCCUAAACAGGUGCAUGUCCUGUCACAUGCUCUGGACCUUGAGGGGGAGAAUUAACAAUACUGCAAAAGAUAAGGAACACAAACAAGAGGAGAUCAAUGCUAUCUAAGCUGACUGAAAGGAGGCUGUGAGCUGCUGCCUUCACUAAUUUGUUAUUUCUUCAUCCCUGGAAGCAGGAAAUGAAUGUGUAUGUUUUUACAUGUAAGAAAAUAACUUGGCAUACUGUAUACAGUGACUCUCUGAUGAACUUCCUAUUUGGAAACGAGACAAAAUAGAAAACCUUCUUUCUGUCUGAGGAGGCCACAGCAGUUUGUAUGCAGUCUAAAGCUACAGAGACAGCCUACUUUUAGCUGUCACAUUCAAAUGAAAAAUAUUUCUUAUAUAAUAUACAUAACAGCAGAAUUAAUGCAGUUGCAGGUAUUGUGGAGUAUUGUGGUAGAGACACCAACAAAAUGAAUAUCUAAGCAACGGCUUCAGACGUCAUCUCUAAGCAAUAAGAGAUAAAGCUUUCCUACCAGCUUUAACCAUGAACAGGAUAUGUCAUCUGUUUGUAAAAACAUGCUUAUUAUGUGUCAGAUGAUAAAAAAAGAGAACUGUGAAGUGUGAGAUCUGAAAGAGUCAAAUAUUCAAGUGUAUUGAAAAUGACCGGGUUUACAAAACAUAUAUUGUAUGCAGCUAAUAUACAGUUUGCUUUUUAUGUAAACAUGUAUCUGUGUAUUUUGUAUUUUGCCUUGCAUGGCUAUAACCAUUCUCAUGCAGAUUUGAGGUUACACAAUUUUAUAUUUAUACUCUGAUUUGAUUAGAUUAGAUUAGAAUUUGUUAUAUAUGUUAUAUGACAUAUGUGGCCAUAUUUAAACCAUAUGUGGUACUACAUUUAUAAAUAUAUGUAUGAAUGAAUGUAAUAUACGUCUGAAAGCUGUAUGACAGGGGUUGUAAUUAUAUAACACGAAACACAAACACUUUUUUAAUACACAAAUCAUAUAAACAUUUAUUUUACAUAA